AUGGCGGAGGCCCCAAGCAAUAUCGAAUCCAUGAGGAAGUGGGUCAUCGACCACAAGCUCCGAGCCGUAGGUUGCCUCUGGCUGGGUGGGAUCAGCAGUUCGAUCGCCUACAACUGGUCGCGGCCCAAUAUGAAGACUAGCGUCAAGAUCAUCCACGCAAGGUUGCAUGCGCAAGCUCUAACCCUAGCUGCAUUAAUUGGUUCUGCAUGCGUGGAGUACUAUGACAAUAAGUAUGGUUCUUCUGGGCCAAAGGGGUUAUUAUCAGCAGCUUGGGAAAUAAUUAUGGCCAAUCCAGAAGUUCAACGUGCACUGAGCAAUGUCACAAACAACAUCAGUGCAGAUGAAGCUGAGCGUAGGAGGGAAGAACGGAACCAACAACGUAAAAGGCGAAAUGAGAUGACCGAUGAACAAAGAGAGGAGAUGAACAGGAAGCGACGUGAACUACGGGCGUGA